AUGGCUGCUGCUAAACUAUGUGCUGGCCUUACUUCAGAAUUAAGGAUCAAUUAUCAGAUGCCAAAGAAAGUUGAAGAAGAUUUGCAAUCUCGCGCUAAAGAGUGCAUCAAGGAUUACUACAAAGGAGACUGUGAUCCAUUGCUCGCUGUUCGUUAUACUACAAAAAACAGUGUGAGCAUCUCUGCUGUAGCGACUUUAAUGUACUCCUUUUAUGGAAUAUUGACGAAGAGCAACGGGAAGUUUGGAUGUUCAUGCAAAGAGUUUUACGUGGACCGGCUAAAGGAACGUGGGUAUCAUGUUGGGACGCUGUACUGCGCAUUUUCAACAGAUGAAGUUGCGGAGCAAAGACAUGAUUUUGAUGGAGAAAAGUAUAUCAACGUUCAAGAGACAUCGGAUAUUAAAUUUGAGGAUCUUGAUGACAAGGAGAUAGACGUCAAAACAGAUCAUGCUCUCUCUUUGGAGGUUCGAAAUGGAGUUGUGGAAGGGAUAGAGUUGUUGGCCUCAAUCGGUAAGCCCAAGCCGCCUACUCCGUUGGAGGAGGAUUUGACUGACGAAGUGGCUAGCGAUCUGGCCCACCUUCUUGAGACAAUAUAUCAUAUAGCCAGAUAUGUAGUCGAAGAGUACAGUUACGGAGAGAUAGCCAAGAGAAUAUUGAUAAAGGAACUAACAACACAAAAAAGGUACGCCAGAUUCCAAUGGUUGGAAGGAUAUACUAAAUACAAGUACUUCAAAGAAGCAGGGUUCAGCGAUCUCCUCCCAGAGGUUUACAGUCCUACAAUGGCAGCCGACUACUUAUUGAAAGAUUGCGGACCCUUCAUUAUAUAUAACCUGAAUAUUAGUAGGGGAUCAGGAAUGUACGAAGAAGUAGCAGUUGGAUGUGGUCUUCUCAAAACUAGUAUUGGAAAUUUUGGAACCUGCUAUAUGACGCUUGACAAAGAUCCUCUUCCUCCCGAGAAUCCCCGCCGAAGCUCAAAACUUACUAAAAUUAACCAAAACCGCCCACAUCUCCCUCUUUUCAAGCACUUUGACGGCAUUUGA